GCUGCUACGGGAUACCCACCCACCGGGCCUCCUCCACUCUGGCUCUGCAGUGCCUCUCUUCCAACGCGAAGCCUGUUGCUGGAGCUGCUCUGAUCUCCAGUCUCAUUCUCUAAAGGGUGGCCAACUGUCGGCAUUCUGUGUGAAAGGGAUCCUUUAAACUUCUUCCCCUGCUUUUCCUCACUCUUCAGUGCUCAGUACACCAGACGUGUUUUGGAUGACAGUGGAUUGGUACUAGGAAGUAGAUGAACUUGUGAAAUAUUUUGGUUGGUGUAAUUUUGCACCAUGUUAAUCCUAAUUCUGCCAUCACAGAACUAUGAUUGUGUUCUACUGCUGUGAAUAUGUAAGGCUGUCCAGCUGUGCACAUCCUUGAAAACUGUUAAGACGGCAUUUAAUGGCGACUCUCUCAGGGCACAUUUGUUGUGUACAGAAAUAUUUGCUGUAUUUGUUUUAUUUUGUGUGUCUGAGUGAGAGAGAUAGUAUGUAUAAUGGGAUGUUCUUCUCACUUUGACAAACUUUAAAGAUAGCUUGGCAAUGCCUGUUAAAGCUUUAGUUGAGGGUUGACUGUAUUUUGUAUCUGAUCCAUUGUUAAACCUCAAGUGAAUUUUUAGAUUUGGGAUUCAUUCGAAUUUUUUAUUUCAGUUUUAAUGAAAGUGUUAGCCCAAUUGUAAAUAUUCCUUUUCCCUUUCCGGUUUUUAUACUCAUGUAUUCAAGGCAGAAUAAGCUGCAUUUUUAAAAAAACAAACAAAAAAAGUGUUUUAACAAAUUGAAAUAAAUUUUGUAUUGUCUUUAUGGGGAUUUAUUUUAGUUUGUGUGCAAUGUAUAGUCUUGUUAAUUAAGUGUGCAAUGUAUAGUCUUGCCGCCGGACCGUUUUUCUAAUGGAUUUCUAUUGUAUUGAAGCAUAUAAUUGACUAUCUCUACGCUGUGUUUGCGUGUUGUGAUGGAAGUGAGCAACUUACUGGAAUCAAUGACUAACACAAGCACGGUUAUCGAGUUUCGCCACGAAAAGGUCACGAUCUCUGCUAUGAAAUGAAAGCGGAGCAUGGGUGCGCGGCGAAGGGACGACGUAUAAUUGUCAUAUUAUCACGCACCAGUAGAGGGCAGUAGAGAAUGCUAUUUUCUCCAGGCCUACUCAAGAGGGCCAUACUGUGAAUCACAUUAGCCGAAGAAUUGGUGACAUAUUGUCUUAUUUUCUUCUAUUUACGGUAUCGAGGUCCCAUCGCUUUUACUUUGAGCGUUUAGUGUUUUACGUUGCUCAGAUAUUAAAUCAGGCCUACUGAGGCCUAUUUGCCUAUUUCGUUAAGCCAUGGCAGGCAGUUUUUAAAUUAUUAUUUGUGCCAUUCAUGUCAUUUCAUCAUUUAGGAUACAGCUCAACAACACGUGUAAGAGAAGGCGACAGAUAAAAAAAAAACACCUCCGCUUCAAAGGCACACGCCCCAACGGAUGCGCACAAAUUUACUGAAGAAAAAAUACUUCCUUUACAUCACAGAUGGAUGUGAUGCAUACUAAGUCCCUCAUUUGCUUUGUAGCUGAAGCCUAGGCUACAUCAUUUCAGGUGUUUUUAGAUUCGGAUAAAUUAAUCAGAAGAUUGAUGUUUCCUUCAAGUUUUGCGUUACUUUCAACGGGGGUUAACAGGCUGACCUACACCUAAAUGUUCUUCGAUGAAAAUCAUAAUUUCAUCCAUCCGUUUCCCAAGCAAUUUGUCAUCGAGCACUCCAGUGGUGUCUGUUAUGUGAAGCAAGAUGCCGAAAGGACCUAUACCGUAUAGAACAUAAAGAAGACUCGGAGAGGGCCAAGGUGGAGGUCUGCUCUUUGACUUGAAGAUUAUUGCCAACUGAACAGAUGAAAGUUGGACAAAGCGGUGUCCAUCAUGUGCAGUGUUCAUUACCACCUCUGAGUUCUCAUCCAGCUCUCACCCCAAAACUAAAGACUAGUGUGACUAGUUCUUUCUUGGUGUGUGCAUCAUGAACUCCAUUAAGUGUGUUCUGGUAGGGGACAGUGCAGUUGGGAAGACUGCCCUGCUAGUUCGCUUCACCUCUGACACAUUUCCAGAAAUGUAUAAGCCCACCAUUUACGACAACACAGGAGUGGAGGUGUUCAUGGACGGCGUGCCGAUCAACUUGGGAUUGUGGGACACGGCUGGAAAUGACACCUUUCGGCAUGUACGACCUAUGUCUUACCAACAGGCAGAUGUGGUCCUUCUUUGUUACUCAGUGGCCAAACCGCCAUCUUUUGCCAGCGUACGGCAAAAGUGGAUAGCGGAGGUUCGAGAGCACCUUCCUCGGGUCCCAGUGCUUGUAGUCGCCACACAGACAGACCAGCGUGACAUGGGCCCCCACCGCGGAAACUGUUUCUCAGCAGCGGAUGGGAAGCGUUUGGCCCAGGACAUCCGCGCCAGGGGAUACCUGGAGUGCUCUGCUCUCAGCAACCGAGGUGUCCAGCAGGUGUUUGAGUGUGCCGUGAGGACGGCAGUCAACCAGGCCAAGAAGCAGUCGCGCCGUCGUCUCUUCAGCUUUGACGCCUGCAAGACCUCCUAACCCUCGCCUCAUACGCUGACCUCAGUGAGAUGUCACUCUCAGACACAAGCAUGUUUAGAGUUCUCCAGCUGUAUGUCUACAGACCCCAAAUCAGUGGAUUUCCAGAUGAACGUGAAGAACUAGUUUUACUGAGAAGAAAAUGUACAUGGUUUUGUGUUCACUGAACUCCACAAUCCUAUCAUGUGCAUUUCACCAGUGAAACACCAUUUCAACACUGAUUUUGUGCUCGGAGAGAGAUUGACAGUUUAAUUUAAUCUGUAACAAUGCAUCAACACAGACAUUUUAAUUCAUUUUAAUUCAUUUUAAUUUUCAGUCCACAGUUCAUAACAAAUACUUAGAUUGAUUACCCACAUAGGGUUUAAACGGAAUUAAACAAUGAGAGAAAUGUUCAAAUGACACCAAGUGUAAUUUUAAAAGUUAAAACAACAUAGUUUUGUAUUAACAGCAAAAAUUCAAGCAACGGACUGGCUGAUCUGUGUUUUUUUUAACUUAAUCUUAAAGCGCAGUAUGAAUAUACUGCUACGGAAAGAGAAUGGACUUAAAAACGGACUGAAAUACUCCUGUUUUUAUGAAAGCACUAUAUGAUUUUCAGAAAUAUGUUUCUUUUCAUUUUGCAGUUAAAGGAUUACUCACUUAAAUAAAGAGAGAGAGGAGUUAUUUUACAAAGAGAUUUGCACACUUUGAAUUGUAAAAUAUGAAGCAUAAUGAAGUGUAACAGUACACAAUCUAUCCACUGUGUCCACUAUAAACUUUACUUGUGGGGGCCAUUGACAUUCACGAGGCAGAAUCUUGUCAACCUUCAUUUUCUCCAUGUCCAAAUGGGCCUAUCGGUUGAAAGACAACCGUAAAGUUUACAGUUGGCCCAAACUAAUCCCCAAAUAAUACAUAUUUCUGGUAAUGGCCAUUAUGGCCAUUAUUCUGGUAAAGGUACUUGCCCUGCCUGCGAGUGUACAACUAUUUUUCAGAACAAAAAUGUGGCCUGCCAACUGUUUAAACUUCCUCAAAUGUAUUUUUGUAAGAGCCACCAAAAUAUGCAUUACAUGAGAAUCCUCAGCAAAGUAGCAUUUCAUAUUUCUUUUCAGCAGUUAUAUACUCACUAAAAUAUCAACGCAACAUGUUAAGUUUUGGCUCCGUGUUUCAUGAACCUAACUGACAUAUCUUGUCAUUUCUCCGUGUCCAUAACUUACUGAUAAACUGAUUUUCUAUAUACAUUUUUAUUUAGCAAAAUGUUUGAGAUUCUUCCAUGUUGCAUUUUAAUUUUUUCAGUAUAUUUCAUUAGGAAAAUGAUCAUAUGGAAUUCAUAAGAAGACCGCAUAUUUUCUUCCUGACGUAGAAUCGUCAUAAUUCACUUCAUAAUCAGUAUCACUGCGGCUGUUUGACUGUAAGAAGACCACCAGUGAUAGGUCCUCCGGCUAGAUAUAAUUUCCUAAGUUGAAAAUGAGCUGUGAUGCUCUGAGAUGUAAAAGCAUGUAAUAAAGUGUAAUAACUA